GAAUUCAAAUUCAAACAAUAACAAAUAGUUUCAAUUUAGUUUCAGUUGGUUUCUACUUCAGCAAAUAAUUUUAUCUUUCAGUUCUGUAUGUUUUGCAAGUGAACAAACGGUUGCUCUUAUGUAAUUUUCGUACGUUUAAUUAUCCAGUGUCUUCGAAUAUCUUCGCAUCAGGUUCAAAUUAGUGAUUCAGUUCCUCACUCCUAUCAAAAAUGACAGCAAUGGACGAGAAAACCUUACUGGCCACAAUUCAGGAUUUUUUCCCGGAGUUGCGCAUCAUGCCCCAGGACCUGAAGAAUCCCAAUCCUGAAUUUGUCAUCAAGUUUUACAAUCGAGUUCUCAUGGAAAUGGAGGUUGAUCUCACAAAUCUACAAGCGGCUCAACCCAAUCAAAUGGAAAAAAUAUCCAAUUUGGAAAUGUAUCAAGAUAUCAUACCAUCCUUGAAUUUGAGUAAAGGAAUUCAGUAUAUAUUCUCACAGAUAGGGCUCGGCCGAUUGAAGUUCGGACUCUCAGAUCUGCUAGCUCCUACUCCCAAGCGAAAUAUGAUGCUCAUGUCAAACCUCAUGAAUUUUGUCUUGUUCUGCGAUACCCGGGCAGCAGAAUUCGAUCCUAAAUUCAAAGAAUAUACUUCAUUCAAAGUCAAAUUCCAAGAACUAGUGAAGCAACGAGAUGAAUUAAAGAGAAAAAUCAACCAACAAGCCACGGAAAGAGUUCAUAGAAAUCAAGUUAAAGAAGAGCUUCUGGCUCAAAAAGAUGCACUCGAAACAGCACUUCAAGAAAUGACAGCAGAGUACGAAGAAUCGAAAGCUCAUCAGAAGCAAAUAAAGAUGCAAUUGAAAACUGAGGAGCAAGGAUUAGAAAAAGCAACCUAUCAAGUCAAAAAUCUGGAACAAGAGUUGGUGUCCCUGCGAGAGCAGAUUGUAAGUUCACCGGAGGAAUUCCAAGACCAAUACGAUAAAUUGAGGGAGCAAAGGAAUGAGGCUAAAGAGAAAGUAGACAACUUACUCUGCCAAAUUGAACCAAAGAAAGAAACCUAUGAGAAACUAAGCAGUCAAAUGGAAUCUCAAGAAAUUCGGUUGGCCAUACUGAAUGAAAUCGUCAGCUUGAACCAGACUCUACAGGGCUUAAAAUCUGAAAUAGGUAUCUUGACCAAAGAAAAAUCCUCAGCAGAAGAAGGAGCGGAAAGCGCUCACGAAAAACUCAAAAGCUAUCAAGAACGAUUGGAUCAAAAGCAAGAGAAUCUGGCUAAGCUUCAAGCACAAUGGAAUCAACAGCGCUGUAUUUUGAAUGUCAAUCAUGAAACCCUCCAAAAAGAACUAGAAGACGUAGAGGAGAAGUUUGAAAAAACAGCUGCAGAAGAGAAAGAUUUAAGGCAAGAAAUCAAUUAUGCUGUAGAUGGUAUCAAAGAAUUGGAAAUUAAGUUCAAUGAUUGCGUUGCAACACAAACGUUGUUGAGGAGUCUAUGGAAGGAAACUCAAGAUAAUGUCAUCGAGAAUUAUCAGUGCAGACAUACAGAUUUAGAGAAGCUAGUAAGAAAACUGACUUAGAUCAAACUUUGGCCAUUUUCUGCGUUCUAAAGUGGUGAGAAAAGUUAUUCUGCCUCUGGUAUGUUUUCAAUCGAUAAAUAUUUUAAUUUAAUAAUAUAAUAUAUAUACUGUUUCUUUUGUAAUUUUCAUGAAAUGAGUAUUUAAUAAAUAAUGUACAUAGUAAAUGAAA